AUGUCGACCCAGACGGGCAAGUUCCGCGAGGACCAGGUCCUCAUCAUCUGCCCCGGCAGCCAGACGACCAUGGCCCAGCUGGGAUGCGGCGAGCUGACCCCGCCUGUCCAUCGCAUGCCCACGCGCAUGUUCAAGGACGAGGAGACGGGCGAAUGGCGCCCUUUCCACACCUUCAAGCGCAAGAAGGCUGGCGCCAAUGGCGCUCUCGCCAUCGACGGGCCGCGUACCGAUGAGGACGAGUACGAGUGGGUUGAAGACACAGACUCGAGCGAGGGCGCCAUCUACCCUCUUCAAGGCGGUCGCAUUGCCAACAUGGAGGCCUUCCUGGCCUUCCUCGACCAUGUUCACAGCAUGCUCACGACCACUUACCACAACACUCCCAUCAUGCUCAUCGCCUCGCCCCAAUGGACCCGCCCCGACAACGAGACGAUUGCGCGCUACAUAUUCGAGAAGACGCGAACCCCGGCCUUGUGCAUGAUGCACAGCGGCAUUGCCUCCCAGUACGGCGUCAAGUGGCCGAACGUGACUGUGGUGGACAUUGGCUACGAGAAGGUCGACGUAAGUUGCAUACACGACGGUCGCGUGGUCAGCUACGGCGAGCUGGGCGCCCCGAACCCUGAGCGCUUCAUCUCCGGCGGUGAGAUCUUUACGCGCAAGUUGGUCGAGAAGCUCAAGAGCAAGGACUUCACCUACGACAUGGCUGAGCAGCUGAAGAAGAGCCAUGUCUGCGAGGUUCUCCCAUAUGCGCCCAAUAAAGCGAAGCUGAUGGAGCUGCCAACUACUUCGACGGCAGGGGCUGCUGGGAGCGGGCCGUCUGCCGCGCCGGCUGCCGAGGCACCUCAGACCAGCGAGCCAGCGCGUCCCGUGGCUGCCGGUGACGAAGAGCCCGAGGAACCCAAGGGCGACGAGGGUGUUCUUGACGUAGCCAGCAUCGUUACGGCGGGCAACGCGCGCGACUUUUUGGCCAAGAAGGAGAAGGAGAAGCAAGAGAAGGGCAAGGGUGGCAGAAAGGGCAAAGCUGCUCAGGAGGCAGAGGCUGCCAAGCCUGUCCGCUUGCCCAACUCGAAGCGCACGCACAACAUGUUCCACUUUGAGGAGGUCAUUCAAGAAGAGGUCCAGCCUCCCAAGAAGGAGGAGCCCAGGCCGGAGGCCAAGGAGGAGCCAAAGAAGGAGGAGGCCGGCAACCCCACUGAGUCCAAGGACGUGGAGAUGACGGACAGCGCCGCCAAGCCCGCCGACGCGCCGGCUCCUGACGGCGAGUCGAAGCCGGCAGAGGCCACCCCUGCCGACCCUGCUGCAGCCGCCGAGACGAACGGAACGACUGCCCAGCCCGCCGCCGUCGUCCCUACCGAGACCCCUGCGGCCACCAACGGCGUGCCCGCCCCUCCCGAGAGACAGGCCAAGCGCGUGCGCCGCGACAUCGAGGUCGGUCUGGAGCGGUUCACCUUUGCAGACCGUGGCGAGAUUGACCGGAUCGUCACGACCAUCUACCGCACCGUCCAGAGCAUCGACGACAUGUACAUCCGUCCCCUGUGCUGGGACAACAUCAUCUUCGUCGGCAACGGCGCCCGCCUCCGCGGCCUCAAGGACAACAUCAUGCAGACUCUGACGGCCCGCCACCUCAUCUCGCCCAGCACGGCGACCAUGUUCACCUCGGAGCUCCCCUCCAACAUCGCGACGCCCACCGGCACCGGCGCCCAGACCCCCACCGGCUCCUUCACCGGCGCCUCUCACCAGCUGCCGCCCAACAGCUCCGGCGUCAACCCCCUGCUCCAGGCCGCAACCACGGCGUCGGCGCAGCACCAGGGCACCCCCGGCCCCGGCGAGGCUAACGGAACUCCCGGCGGCGCCCACCACUUCCACAGCCAGACGCCCACGAGCAUCAAGCUGGCAGCGCUUCCCACGUAUCUGGGCGAGUGGAACAAGAACGGCUUCGAGGAGGCCAUGUUCCUCGGCGCGCAGGUCGCGGCUCGUAUCGCCUUCUGCCAGCACAACCUGGAUAUGGCCGGCCUCGAGGCCCAGCGUCUGGCGAGCUUGAGCAGAAUCGAGUACAAUGAGAUGGGCCCCAAGGGCAUCCGCACCCACUCGAUGCUCAAGUAA